AUGGCUGAUACAUCAAUGACUGAUACUCAUUCGACUGAUCAGAAUAAUAAUGAUGACAAGACAAACGUUACUGAUAAUAGUGACGAAAAGAACGACAGUAUCGACAAUGAAUCAGACGCAACAACAGGAAAUUCGUAUAAAAACUUUCAAGAUACAUCGAGCAACGUUUCCAACGGUGUUAAACGACAUAAAAAUCGAUUUUGUUCCUCGUCCAUGAAUCAACUUGGCGGAGAAUUUAUCAAUGGUCGGCCCCUACCAACCGAUACACGAGAGCGAAUCGUUGCUUUAGCUGAAAACGGUGUGCGACCAUGUGAAAUAAGUCGUCAACUACAAGUGUCACAUGGCUGUGUUAGUAAAAUAUUAAAACGGUAUCGUUUAUUUGGUACGACUCAUCCGGGAUUAAUUGGCGGUUCGAAGCCAAAAGUGGCAACACCAGACGUUGUUCGGCGCAUUCGAGAAUACAAAGGCAAUAAUCCUCAAAUCUUUGCCUGGCAAAUCCGAGAAAGUCUACAGAAAGAGGGCAUAUGUCCAGCCGAUAAACUACCAAGUGUGUCAUCGAUCAAUCGAAUUGUUCGCAGCAAUCGACGAAUCGUUUUCAAUAAUGAUGGUACCAUAACUGAACUUGAUUCUGAUUUUGACUCACGUGACGGAAGUGAUAAUGAAAAUGAGAAUUCUCAAAAAUAUGAUACAAAUCAUGUUUCGUCAUCUUCAUCAUCUUCUGUUAGUUCUUCAUCGCCUCGUUCAACUAACAUUCGACAUCGUGGUGAUUGUCGUUGUGAUGUUUGCAUCAAAAAAUAUAAAUUUGCUCCUUCAUCAUUGCAUAAUCCAAUGAAAACUUCAUCAACGAAAUCAACGAUAUCUGACAGCGGAGAUAUGCAUAAUAAUGAAAAUGAUUCGAACAGUAUGUCGAAUGAGGAUUCGACUAAACAUACGAAAACAUCAUCACGGACUUCAUCGUCACCACCACCAGCUACACAUUGUAAUUUAAAUGUUCAAUUCAAUAGUGACGAUGUUAAACCAUUAGAUCUUUCAAUUUCAUCGAAACAAUCCAAUGAACAACCAUUGAAUUUAUGCUCGAAACGCAAACGACACACACCUGUGAGUCUGUCAUCAUUGAAACGUAAUAAAACUCCAUCAGCUGGAGCUGAUCCUGCUUCCGUGACUGACACUACAACACCGGCUGUCGCUGCAGCAGCGGCAGCAGCAGCAGCAUCGUCAAUGUUUAUUCCAUUCUAUGCCAUAUCACCGUUCUUCGAUCCUUCAACAGCAAACCAACAAGAAAUAUUCCAACAAUUUCAAGCAUUUUAUUUACAAUUACAACAACAACAACAACAAAAAGUAACGAAUGACACAACUAAACAUACAACUAGUUGA